AUGGGGGAUGCCUGUUUGGAACAGGUGGUGGACGUGGGGACCGACCGUCCCGCAGCCCCGGCCCUGUCUGUGAGCCCUUGGCACCCCGUGUAUCUCCCUGGAGAAGCUGUUACCCUCCAGUGCAUGGCUCCCCCUGGAGCUCACCCAGUUACAGGAUUCCAGCUCUCCAGGGUUGGUGGAAGGAACCUCUCGUCUGGAAGCAGUGACGCCCACACCCUGAGCAUCACGGGGCUCGGUGAUGCUGGGUCCUUCACCUGCCUGUACUGGAUAUGCCCAUCCAGCCGGUGUAUCCAAUCCUGGGAGAGCCGCCCCAUCUCCAUCAGUGUAACAGAUCCACCUUCCCGGCCAGUGCUGAGCGUAGAUCCCCAGUCAGGAGCGGUGAGAGAAGGGCUUCCCCUGCUCGUCACCUGCAUGGCCCCCGGUGACACUGGCGAUCGGAGGUUUCACUUCUACAAGGAUGGAGACGAGCUCGUUCCUGGGGACGUUGAGUCUGAGAUCAGCACCACAGAGCCCAGCACCAGCUCUGCGAACGUCUCAGUGCUCAGCAUCCCCCGGGCCAGUCCCAACAACACCGGGGUAUUCACCUGCGGGUACGAGGAGAAUGUGAGUGGAAGGUGGGUCCCAUCCCCCAGGAGCCGGGCCGUGAACGUCACCGUGAACAUCACAGAGACAGGUGAGUUUCCCUGUCCAGAGAGCGUCUGCCCAGCUCCGGUAGAUAGAGCAUCACUUUUGGUUCCUGACCAGGCCCUUGUCACCUUUUCUCUUCUCUCACAAGCAGCCUUGGCCCAACCUAGGAACAUGCUGCUGGCAUGUGGGAUCCUCGUGGCUCUGGGCAUGGUUCUGGCUGCCCUCUUCUGGUACUGCAGGAGAAACAAGAGAGGCCAGAGAACUUCCACCAAAUAA